AUGAAGAGAAGAGAAAAUCCAAUCACAACAAACGCUCAUAAAAAGCAAAAACAUUCAUCAUCGGAAGAGACCUCUUCUUCGGAACAACCAUUGAAAAACAUGAAGAACAGCACUCGUCGUGAGAAAGUUUCAGAUGAAGAAGAGGUGAAGGAAAUUAAACCACCAAUGGUUCCCACCAAACACACAAAAAAGCCUCCUCAAAAACUCUAUUCCAAACAAAAUAGAUUAUUUAAAAAAGAUGAAUCAAGUGAUGAUUCAUCUUCUUCUUCGGAAUCUUCAUCAUCAAGUGAUUCCGAAAGUGAAAAUGAAAACUCAACUUCUCAACAUUUGAAAAAGCCAGCAGCACGUCUCUUCCGAAAGCAUGAUUUACCGACGGAAAUGACCAUGUCCGUUCUAGAAAAGGAAGAAAAUUUCAAAUUAAUGAAUGGCGUUCGAAAUGAAAUGGAAUCACUUCAACCUCAAACACCACAACAAGUCUAUUUAAUUAAUGGACUCAUGAAUUCCUUGAAAAAAUUUCAAUUCAAAAAGUCGAUUGAUGUGCCAUUCCUUGCUUUGAAACAUAAUGAAACAGAUGAUAACGAUUGUUGGUGGGAUUUUAAGCCUCUUUUCCCAUUUCUGUGUUCGCCUUGUGAGGAGAAAUUUACCAAGGUAGCACAACUUGGAUUUUUCAAAGUUUUUGACAUUACCAAACCCAUUUCAUACCACGUGAAUAUCAAUGGACUCGCUACUAGUUUUGAGGACAUUUACGAGUCAUCAGUGAAUGCAUACCGAUACUAUGGAACCUACAAACAAGAGAAACCCAAAUUGACCUUCAAUCAAGUGGUCAUUUAUAUGAAAAUUGUGUUCCUGGAUGCUAAAUUGGAGCAAAAAGUGUUUGAGGUGAAACCACACCAUACGAUACAAGUGAACAACUUUCGAGUGACAGACAAUAGCGGAAAGUUAAUUCCAACCGUGCAAUCGUGCUCCUUUUCAAGGAUCAUUCAACCUUCUCAAUUCAUGGAUCACCUCAAAAGUGGUAAGGUUUACGGCGUAAAGAUACGAAUGCAAGCACAUUGUCCUGAUUUGAAAGAAGGUGAUGAGUACAAGGGAAAAUUGAAUAUUUCGUGGGAUGAUGACAGUGAAGUGAGUAUGAUCAUGACUAAUUAG